AGGUCCCUGCCUUAAGAGCUAAUGGCGGACGCCGGCGGGUUGAAGCUGGUGGUGGCUUAGGCCUUGAAGGAACUCCGCAUCUGUCGGAUAUCUACGCCAUCCUUCCUGCUGCAGGAGCUUGUUUUGUCUCGUGAUAACUGAGGCCUGACUGUGGAGUUGUGAGUAUCUCAGUGUUGCUGCCAUCAUGUUCCUAUACAACCUGACACUGCAGCGAGCCACAGGCAUCAGCUUUGCCAUUCAUGGCAACUUUUCUGGAACUAAACAGCAGGAAAUUGUUGUUUCCCGUGGGAAGAUACUGGAGCUGCUUCGCCCUGACCCCAACACUGGCAAAGUACACACUCUUCUCACUGUGGAAGUAUUUGGUGUUAUCCGGUCACUCAUGGCCUUUAGGCUGACGGGUGGCACCAAAGACUACAUUGUGGUUGGCAGUGACUCGGGUCGGAUUGUUAUCUUGGAAUACCAGCCAUCUAAAAAUAUGUUUGAGAAAAUUCACCAAGAAACCUUUGGCAAGAGUGGAUGCCGCCGCAUUGUUCCAGGCCAGUUCUUAGCUGUGGAUCCCAAAGGGCGAGCUGUUAUGAUUAGUGCCAUUGAAAAACAGAAGUUGGUAUAUAUCUUGAACAGAGAUGCUGCAGCCCGGCUUACCAUUUCAUCUCCCCUAGAGGCCCACAAAGCGAACACUUUAGUAUAUCAUGUGGUCGGAGUAGAUGUGGGAUUUGAAAAUCCAAUGUUUGCUUGUCUGGAAAUGGAUUAUGAGGAAGCAGACAAUGAUCCAACAGGGGAAGCAGCAGCUAAUACCCAGCAGACUCUUACCUUCUAUGAGUUAGACCUUGGUUUAAAUCAUGUGGUCCGAAAAUACAGUGAACCUUUGGAGGAACAUGGCAACUUUCUUAUUACAGUUCCUGGAGGGUCAGAUGGUCCAAGUGGAGUAUUAAUCUGCUCUGAAAACUAUAUCACCUACAAGAACUUUGGUGACCAACCGGAUAUCCGCUGUCCAAUUCCCAGGAGACGGAAUGACCUGGAUGACCCUGAAAGAGGAAUGAUUUUUGUUUGCUCUGCCACCCAUAAGACCAAGUCGAUGUUCUUCUUUUUGGCCCAAACUGAGCAGGGCGAUAUCUUCAAGAUCACUUUGGAGACAGAUGAAGAUAUGGUUACUGAGAUUCGGCUCAAGUAUUUUGAUACUGUGCCUGUUGCUGCUGCCAUGUGUGUGCUUAAAACAGGCUUCCUUUUUGUAGCAUCAGAAUUUGGAAACCAUUACUUAUAUCAAAUUGCACAUCUUGGAGAUGAUGAUGAAGAACCUGAAUUUUCAUCUGCCAUGCCUCUGGAAGAAGGAGACACGUUCUUCUUCCAACCAAGACCACUCAAAAACCUUGUGCUGGUUGAUGAAUUGGACAGUCUGUCUCCCAUUUUGUUUUGCCAGAUAGCUGAUCUGGCCAAUGAAGACACACCACAGCUCUAUGUGGCCUGUGGUAGGGGACCCCGAUCAUCUCUGAGAGUCCUAAGGCAUGGACUUGAGGUAUCAGAAAUGGCUGUCUCUGAGUUACCCGGUAACCCUAAUGCUGUCUGGACAGUGCGUCGGCACAUUGAAGAUGAGUUUGAUGCCUACAUCAUUGUGUCUUUCGUGAAUGCCACACUUGUGUUGUCCAUCGGAGAGACUGUGGAAGAAGUGACUGACUCUGGGUUCCUGGGUACCACCCCAACCUUGUCCUGCUCGUUGUUAGGAGAUGAUGCCUUGGUGCAGGUGUAUCCUGAUGGCAUUCGACACAUACGAGCAGACAAGAGAGUCAAUGAGUGGAAGACCCCUGGAAAGAAAACGAUUGUGAAAUGUGCAGUGAACCAGCGACAGGUGGUGAUCGCCCUGACAGGAGGAGAGCUGGUCUAUUUUGAGAUGGAUCCUGUAUGUUAUUUUAUCAUUCAUUAUGUCUUUACUAGUCUGAAUGGUGUGCUGCUAAGAACUGUCCUGGACCCUGUCACUGGGGAUCUGUCUGACACCCGCACUAGGUACCUGGGGUCCCGUCCUGUGAAACUCUUUCGUGUCCGGAUGCAAGGCCAGGAGGCAGUGUUGGCCAUGUCCAGCCGAUCGUGGUUGAGCUAUUCCUACCAGUCUCGUUUCCAUCUCACUCCCUUGUCUUAUGAGACCCUGGAGUUCGCAUCUGGCUUCGCCUCUGAACAGUGUCCUGAGGGCAUUGUGGCCAUCUCCACCAAUACCCUGAGGAUUUUAGCGUUGGAGAAGCUAGGUGCUGUCUUCAAUCAAGUAGCAUUUCCACUGCAGUACACACCCAGGAAAUUUGUCAUUCACCCUGAGAGUAACAACCUUAUCAUCAUUGAGACUGACCACAAUGCCUACACUGAGGCAACAAAAGCUCAGAGGAAGCAGCAAAUGGCAGAGGAAAUGGUAGAAGCAGCAGGGGAGGAUGAGCGGGAGCUCGCUGCAGAGAUGGCAGCAGCAUUCCUCAAUGAAAACCUCCCUGAGUCCAUUUUCGGAGCUCCUAAGGCUGGCAAUGGGCAAUGGGCCUCUGUGAUCCGCGUGAUGAAUCCUAUUCAAGGGAACACGCUGGAUCUUGUCCAGCUAGAACAGAAUGAGGCCGCAUUUAGUGUGGCCGUGUGCAGGUUCUCCAACACUGGUGAUGAUUGGUAUGUGUUGGUGGGCGUGGCCAAAGACCUGAUCCUCAACCCCAGGUCUGUAGCAGGGGGCUUUGUCUAUACCUACAAGCUCGUGAACAAUGGGGAAAAACUGGAGUUUUUGCACAAGACUCCAGUGGAAGAGGUCCCUGCUGCCAUUGCCCCAUUCCAGGGGAGGGUGUUGAUUGGUGUGGGGAAGCUUCUGCGAGUUUAUGAUCUGGGGAAGAAGAAGUUACUCCGAAAGUGUGAGAACAAGCAUAUUGCCAAUUACAUCUCUGGGAUCCAGACUAUUGGACACAGGGUAAUUGUGUCUGAUGUCCAAGAAAGUUUCAUCUGGGUUCGAUACAAGCGUAAUGAGAACCAGCUUAUCAUUUUCGCCGAUGAUACUUACCCACGAUGGGUCACUACAGCUAGCCUCCUGGACUAUGAUACUGUGGCUGGGGCAGACAAGUUUGGCAACAUUUGUGUGGUGAGGCUCCCACCUAAUACCAAUGACGAAGUGGAUGAGGAUCCCACAGGAAACAAAGCCCUGUGGGACCGGGGCUUGCUCAACGGGGCCUCUCAGAAGGCAGAGGUGAUCAUGAACUACCAUGUGGGCGAGACAGUGCUGUCAUUACAGAAGACCACACUGAUCCCUGGAGGCUCAGAAUCACUUGUCUAUACCACCUUGUCAGGAGGAAUUGGAAUCCUUGUCCCAUUCACAUCCCAUGAGGACCAUGACUUCUUCCAACAUGUAGAAAUGCACCUGCGGUCUGAGCAUCCCCCUCUCUGUGGGCGAGACCACCUCAGCUUUCGUUCCUAUUACUUCCCUGUUAAGAAUGUGAUAGAUGGAGAUCUCUGUGAGCAGUUCAACUCCAUGGAGCCCAACAAACAGAAGAACGUCUCUGAAGAACUGGACCGAACCCCACCUGAGGUGUCCAAGAAGCUUGAGGACAUCCGGACCCGCUAUGCCUUCUGAGCCCUUUCUUUUCCUGUGGGACUUGUGUCAGAGAGUCUGUUAUGUUUCCCCCACCACAUGACUCUGAACCCAUAUGGCAGAAGGGUGGCUGGAUAAUUAAGACUUUGUAAUAUUAAAGCUAGUAGGUCUUUCCUAUCCACUCUUUCCCUGGACUGACUGGUUCCCCCUAAAAUUGGCACUGAAAUUUGCUAUGCUUCUUUCUGACUAGUACAUAAUACAUUGAUCCCAGGUUCUGGUGUGUAAUAAGAUGUUCCCUCUUCCCCAAAGCUUUCCCUGCAUUGAUAUUUCUGGCUCUCUUGUCUACUUUUGUAUACACCCUUAGUUUUUAACUGGUUUUCCUGUAAAUAUAGUUUUGUACAAUGUUACCUUUGUGGGAGGGAGGGAGGCAAGCUGAGGUGGGGACCAGGUUGAAUAUAGUAUAACUCCUGAGUUCUGCCACUCUGGAAUCUAACCAGAAAUACAAAUCUAGUUUUAACGGUG